AUGAAACCCCCCCCAUCCCCCCCUAAACUCUACGAUAUUCUAUCCUGGACACCACCGUAUGCGCGGUACGAUGCCUCCUCGCCGCCCCAGUUCAGUCUUGCGCUGAAUCUCCUCUUCGGUUUUGCCGCCACCUUUACUGUCGCCAAUCUAUACUAUUCACACCCGAUUCUAGCCACCCUCGCCCAGACAUUCAAGGUCAGCGAUGAACGGGUGUCCAUCAUCCCCACGGUGAUGCAGGGCGGGUACGCUGCUGGCCUGGUGCUCGUGUGUCCACUCGGGGAUAUCGUCAAGCGGAGACCGUUCGUCUUGUUCCUGACCCUUUUCACGGCCACGGUCUGGCUUGGGCUCUGUCUGACGGGGAGGUUCGAGGUGUUUGUCGUCUUGAGUUUUGUCACGAGUGUCACGACUGUUACGCCGCAAGUAAUGUUACCUCUUGUCGGGGAUCUGGCCCCCCCAACCCGCCGGGCAACGGCUCUGUCGAUCGUGGUCUCGGGGCUUCUGCUCGGGAUGCUGAUUGCGCGGGUGCUGUCGGGUGUGAUCGCAGAGUACUCGUCGUGGCGCAAUGUGUACUGGAUGUCGCUGGGAUUGCAGUAUGGCAUCGGAGUGCUGCUCUGGGUCUUCAUGCCGGACUAUCCGCGCACCAACACGGACAUCACCUACGCGCGGAUCCUGUGGAGCAUGGUGCAGAUCGCGGUGCAGAACCCGCUGCUCGUCCAGUGCUGUCUGAUGGGGUUCUUCCUGUCGGCGACCUUCACCAGCUUCUGGACGACGUUGACCUUCCUCCUCUCCGCGACACCCUAUGGCUUUUCCACCGUUGUGAUCGGCCUCUUUGGCUUCGUGGGGAUUGUUCCCAUGUGUUUCGGCCCGCUGUACUCCCGUCUCGUCAUCGACCGGUUCAUCCCCCAACUUUCCAUCCUCGUUGGCCAGGGAAUCGCCUUGCUGGGUAUCAUCCUGGGAACGUACUUGGGAAACAUCACCCUUGCCGGUCCCGUCCUGCAAGCCGUCCUGCUCGACUUUGGCCAGCAGAUCGCCCAGAUCGCUAACCGCACCGCCAUCUAUUCCGUCGCCCCCAAGGCCCGCAACCGCGUCAACACAGUCUACAUGCUCGGCGUUUUCUGCGGCCAGCUCAUGGGCACCGCCGCGGGGAACCAUCUGUUCGCUCACGGUGGCUGGGUGGCGUCGGGGAGCGCCAGUGUUGGGUUUGCUGGCGCUGCCAUUGUUCUCUGUCUGCUCCGCGGGCCAAGGGAGACCCGCUGGCUGGGUUGGCGGGGAGGCUUUCAAUUGCGUCGCGAGAAGCAGAAGCAGCAGCAGCAGCAAUCACAGGAACAAGAGGAAUGCGGACAAGUGGAGGAAUGGCAACAAGACAAGCCAGUCCCCAGGAUAGAACCUGCGGAGGCGCCGAGUGAAAUAGAUCUAGAAAGCUUGAAACCAUAACAGUACAUAAAACUCUAGCAAUACAAUAUAAUAUGAAAGCAUAAAAG